GGCUUAGAUUCGGCUCGUCAAAUCAUAGGUAGAUAAAUAAAUAGUGGAAGUUUGACAUCUGAACAUUUAAAAAAUAUAUUUAAAUUAUUAUCUAGUUUUACAAAACAAAUGUCGUUUAAUCAUUAACCAAACCGAACGUUGAAACAAGGGGUAUACGACUACCGAACUGGGCGAAAACAAAGGCAAUAGCAACGUAAAGUUUCCCCUGACGCAUUUGACAAUUACUUCUACAUCCUUAGUCCGCAAUAUAACAUAUAUAUACUUUACUGACUUUAAUCUGAAGCUGUUGGAGAAACGUGAAACUGUCUGAGACUUUUUUUUGUUGACCAUGCCUAGCAUGAACGCAUUUUAACUUGGUCAAUAUUCCAUAGCAUGACAUGCUAUGACAAAAUGAUUCGGUUGUUUGCACUAUGGGCUUGCAAUUUUCUGACGUGCCGCAUUUGUUUCUGAACAGUGAAAUGAUAUAAUUUGUUCAAUGUCUUCUACUCCGAUAAAGUUCAGUUUUAACCUUUAUUUUGCAGAGUGAAUUGUAUGAAUAGCAUCACGAUACUGAAAGGUAAAGCAUAUCUCAAGCUAAAUUUGCCCUCGGCGAAAUGAACAGAAUUUUGAGGUCUGAGACCUACUGAUAUAGGUUACCGAUUUCAUUGGCAGUUUUGAUCUUGGGAGUCAUGCGACAAUUAAAUGUGGGAAAGUGGAGGUCGAAAAUUUGUGGAUUAGAUAUAUAUAAUGUAGGUUAUUAACGAAAGGCCAUAACCGUAAUGAUGGUUCUCUUAGACUUCUCAAUCCUUAAGUAUCUUACGCAAUAACAGAAAUAGUGAAUAUGGUGAGAACCACUGUCAAUUGGGAAAACUCACUAUCUCCAGAAGAAUGGUUGAAGACACGAAACACGUCAGAUUGGAAAACAAAAUUUGAAGAAGAAGGAUAUAUGAGAAUCAAAGAUAUUCUUAAUAAUGAGGAACUGGAAACAUACCGGAAUGUUUAUGAUCAACUUUUAUCGGGAGAAAUCGAUGCCGCUACUCAUCGACACGAUCUUGGUAAUCACUUAGAUCAAAAGGUGAAGAACACAGAAAACAUUUGUCAGAUAAUGUGGCCGUCACUCUUUGUAGAAAACCUUCUGCAGGGACCUUAUCAUAGGAGAGCAAUCAAGUGCGCGCAAGUGAUUUUUGGAGAAGAUAUGGAAUUUGAUUUUGAUAUGAUGAUUUCAAAGGCCCCACACACAGACACCAUAAUGCCGUGGCACCAAGAUGAGUCAUACUGGCCAAAUCUUCCUGACAAACGAGCAAUAUCUUUUUGGUUAUCGUUGGAUAAUGCUACUGAAGACAACGGAUGCAUGCAGUUUGUCCCUGGUUCCCAUAAGAAGCCACUCCGUUCACAUCAACCAGUUCAAUUAGGACAUCAUAGUCUGAGUUGCGAUGCCAACGAGAAUGAAUUUGUAGCUGUACCGAUACCACCCGGUAGCUGCACGCUCCAUCACGGAAGAACUAUUCAUUAUACAAGGGGAAAUUCUACAUCGCACCCAAGAAGAGCAAUGACAGUAGUAGUAAGACCACGGGAAAUGGUAAAGCUAGAAAGAGAAAGUGGGUUUGAUCACGGCAAAAGUCAGGGUGUUGGAAAAAUACUGGGCGUUGGACAAGGACAUGAGCACGACAAGUCUUGACUCCAAAAUACUGAUUGCAUACUCUUCACUCUCGAUAAUAUAUCACUCCGAUACCUUCUCCGUUGAUUUUAUCAUAUAUUUUCUGUUUGCCACAAUAUAUAAUUACGUGCAAUAAUAGUUUUGAUUAUCGUGAUACAAAAAUGUUGUAAUUUGAUCUUUUUGUGCGAGCAUUGAAUUUAAGAGAUCCUGUCAUUGCUGAUAU